AUUUCUUCUGCAAAAACGUCGAUCCUCCAGGAUCAUAAGCAUAAAACGCGAGAAUUAGAAAUGUCCCUGGCGAGCUGGUUGGACGACGUAAACAAGAGACACGCUAAUACGGUAUACGCGUCCAAAGAGAUCGACAAGGAAUUUCAGAAAAUUAGAAGGCGUCGCUCAAAAUCUCUGGGUAGCACUACCGAUAUUCCGCCAGCGCGUUCACCUAAGAAAACGGAUUUGUGUUUAGACAUACCCCAAUCAAAUUUCAAUAGGAGGUCUAACACAGCGAGGAAAUGGGAGAGUAGUUCCGGGAUGGCUACACCUACCACGCCUAGGAAGGCGCUCGCACAGACACAGCCAUCGACGCCCACAUCGUCUUGGACGUCUAACAGAGUCGUUGGCGCGACGUUAAAAGGAGUCAACAGAGCUAUACCGUCACCAAAAGAACGCGGUAUACCGCUGUCACCCAAUAGCUCUUCCAGACGCGUCGAAUACCCAGGUUUUGGAGAAUCUGUGAAGAAGCUUGACUUUGGGGGCCAGAGGAGGCGUAACUCACCCAUUGUUAAUCACUACGAGAAGGAUGUCUUCGGUGCGUUAUUGCCGGGUGGAAAUAAAGAGAAUAUACCACCUGGUAGCGAGUACCCACAGUUGAGCCCAUCAUUGGGCGCCUCUUUAGGUAUCUCUGUGGAAAACAACCCCGAGGUAUCCGAAAAAGGACCUAAAAUGAGACCAAAAGAACCAAAUGUCUUGAAGAGAUGGCAGCCAAUAAACGCAUCAGCGAACACCCCACGGGAGCGCAAGAUAUCGCCAUCUUUGCGUCAACUCAAGACACGCUCAAUGCCUACGUUUCCACCAUCCGUGUCAUCACUCAGGAAUACCCAGUCAACAAAUUCAUCACGGUCUUCACUCACAUUAUCAACUAACGAUAACAUUGGUCGUUCACCUAAUGGGAAAUUAGGCGAUAACUCUACAACUAAUACUUUCACGUCAUUUACUUCAAUUCUUAACGACAUUGAUCAUGCUCACGAUAAUAAUAAGGACAUUAAUACAUCUAAUAAGGACACUAAUAAGCAUAAACAUCAUAGAUCACUCUCAACACCCUCAAUCGUGGUGGAUAAUGAAGCUGAAGGUGAAAGCGAAGCGGGUGAUAUCUCUCAAUCCAGUUUAAUAGAGCUUGAUGUUGACCAUGAGACAGUAGCACCACAAUUUGAUCUCGCAGCAACCCCGAGGAGUGAUAUCUUCAGCAAUAACAUACAGUUAUUCCCUGAGGUUGUUGCGCCCAAACCGAUUCACGUACACAUUGGUAAUCCUUUGGGCAGAAUUGAAGAAGAGGCGAAUGUGGCACACCGUCCACUCCCAACUCAGCCUAUCAACAGAUCACCAAAUAGACACAGACCGCUACCCUCACCAAUGCUUUCUCCUAGCAUGCAGCCCAAAUCUCCCUUGAUGACGCCGCCUUUGUCAACACCCAGACAUGCUGCUUUGCCGGCUCCUCCAAGCGGAGUUGACGUCUUUGCGGAAGCUGCGAACAAUAAUGCCAAUGCUUUGAAACCAAAGCGCAUUUACAAACCAGCUCUUAACAAGAAUCAUAGUGCACCUAGCUUCAUCAGCCAAAGGAAGCUUAACGCACCUAACGUAUCUUAUGCAGCUACACCCCCACCAGCGAAGAAGUAA